UCUAAACCGGCAAGCCGGGGAGCCGUCACGUGUAGUUCGGAGUACGGAGUAUACGGAGGAUGAUAUCAUUCAUAGCUCAUCUGCUAACAAGUUAACAAUAAUAAUGACCGGAAAGAAUCUCUUCUCCUAUCAUAACUGUUUUCAUUAACAUUCCAUUCAAACAACAGAGAAGAGAAAUCAAUUGUUAUUGUCAUGUCAGAGAAUUACGGAUCCUUCCAAGCCGAAAUCUACGGUCAAGGUGCCACGUCUGGCAGUUUGCCCAUUGUCACGACUGAUCCUCGUCAUUUGGAAGAUCAGGCGCGCAAGGCAUUGGGCGCCAGGUCCUUCAGCUAUGUCGCAGGAGGGGCUGGCGAGAAGGCUACUAUGGAUAGCAACCGGCUUGCAUUUCGUCAAUGGAAGAUUAUUCCGAGAAUGUUGAGAGCUUUGGACCACGAGAACGUCUCGGUGAAUCUCUUUGGCCAGGAACAUCACAAUCCACUCCUCAUGGCCCCCGUGGGUGUUCAGUGCCUAUUCCAUGAAGAUAAAGAAACAGGUCUCGCCGAAGCUUGUGCGAAAUCCGGCGUACCGUAUAUCCUCAGCACCGCGAGUAGUAGUUCGAUCGAAGAGGUUGCUGCUGCAAACGGUGAUGGGAAGAGGUGGUUUCAGCUUUAUUGGCCGGAGGAUGAUGAUAUCACCCUCUCCUUAUUAAAGCGUGCGAAAGAUAACGGAUUCUCGGUUUUGGUUGUCACUCUGGACACAUUCUCCCUGGCCUGGCGACCUGCAGAUCUGGAUAAUGCCUACGUACCUUUCAUUCGUGGUAUUGGAACCCAAGUGGGCUUCUCUGAUCCGGUUUUCCGCGCGAAAUUCGAAAAAGAAUCGGGCAGCAAGAUAGAGGACGAUAUUGUCGGGGCAUCUAAAUCGUGGACAUCACAGGUAUUCUCCGGCCGGCCUCACACAUGGGAUCAAUUAGCUUUCUUGCGGGAUCAUUGGGAUGGACCCCUGGUUCUCAAGGGGAUUCAACAUCCGGCGGACGCGAAGAAAGCCCUUGAUGCUGGAUGCGAUGGUAUUAUUGUGUCGAACCAUGGCGGUAUGUCACCAUUCAAGCUUUUCACCCUUCAAGCAUGUGAUGCUCACAUAUCCACACUCACAGGCCGCCAAGUCGACGGCGCGAUCGGCUCCCUCGAUGUCCUUCCCGAGAUUGUUGAUGUAGUCGGCGACAAAAUGACUGUUAUCUUCGACUCCGGCAUUCGUACCGGCGUCGACAUCAUCAAGGCCCUCUGUCUCGGGGCCAAGGCUGUUCUCGUCAGCCGGCCGGUGAUCUAUGGCCUUGCUAUUGGAGGGAAAUUGGGCGCACAAUCCGUGAUGAAGGGACUUCUGGCAGACUUGUGGCAAAGUAUUGGGUUAUCAGGGAUCAGCGAGUUGUCGGAAUGUGAUCGAAGCAAGAUCCGGAAGGUCCACUACCCUGGUGAUCGGAUGGCGAUGUUGUAAUAGUAUCCAUGUGAAAUAGUCAGCAGGCUGAUGAGUUAAAAUU